CUCAUCCUGACUGUGAGGCUAGCAGCUGUUCGCUCGUGUUGCUGCCCUAACUCACCUGUUUCAUGUCAGCAGUCACCUGUCAGGUAGUUUUUUAAUAACACACCGGUCUGCAAGAUGCCAAAAGGAGGUAGGAAAAGCGGGCAUAAAGGUCGUAUGCGGACCUACACCAGUCCAGAGGAGAUCGACGCACAGAUGAAGGAAGAGAAGGAGAGAAAGAAGCAUGAGGAGGAGGAAGAGGCAGGAGCAGGUCUUUCUGACCCAUCAGAGGAGAAACUUCCAGCGUCAGGAUCAGAGGACAGUGACGAUGAAAACUCCUCAAGGAGGAGAGCGGGCGUAGAGGGUUUGAUAGAAAUCGAGAAUCCCAACAGAAUCGCUCAGAAGUCAAAGAAAGUGACGCAGAUUGAGAUUGACGAGCCAAAGCAGUUAUCGAGGAGAGAAAGGGAAGAGAUCGAGAAGCAGAAAGCAAAGGAGCGUUAUAUGAAGAUGCAUUUAGCGGGGAAGACGGAUCAGGCGAAAGCCGACCUCGCCCGACUCGCCAUCAUCAGGAAACAGAGAGAGGAGGCAGCCAAGAAGAAAGAGGAGGAGAAGAAAGCUAAAGACGCAGCAGCAGCAGCUGCCAGAGGAAUAAACUCGCUCACAAUGAAAUGAUGCCGGGGAUUUAUUUAUCAGAAGAUUUAUCAGAGAUUUAUCAGUGUUCAUGGACUGGAGAGAAAAAUUUAAAAAAUAUAUAUAUUUGAUGAAUUUUUAAAGAAGGAGCUCUGAAGUUGGCACGCAUUUGGAGGCUUGUUGAGGCGAGGAGUUGUUGUUUAUUCCCUCCAGGACGUCAGUCUGAGAAAACGCCUGUGUUCAUGUUCACAUCUGGAUAACACUUACGAUUAUGUACAUGAUAUCAUUGAUAGUAAUGGUAAUAAUAUGACUAUCACUGUACAAUAAUACACACUUUGCUAACUGA